AUCCUUUAUUUAUUUAUUAUUUAUUUCUUUCAUUCUUUCCCUUUUUUUUUAUUCUAUUUUCUUUAUCCCUAAAUGACUGUACCUGAAAAUACACCUAAAAAUCUUGAAGCUCAGUUAGCUCAUCGACCUAAUCUUCAAGACUUGAUUGAUAGAAAUAUUAUUAAGGAUCCUAAAAUUGCUCCUGCUAUUCAACAACAAAGAGAUGAACUGGAAAAACGAAGAAUUGAAGAUUCUUUACGUCAUAAAAUUGACCAUCGUCCAUCGCCUGAAUUACUUAUUGAACAAAAUAUUUUGAAGGAUUCAAAAGUCUCACCAGCUCUUCAAAGACAUCAGCUUGACUUGGAACGACAUAUAUUACAAGACACUUUGAAUCAUAAAAUUCAAGAUAGACCUAAGCUUUCUACUCUUAUUGAGCAAGGUAUUUUAACAACAGAAGAAGUUCCUAAAUAAGAAUGAAAUGACGAAAUAUCACAAAUGAGAAUCUUUAAAGCGUUUAUGAUUCAAGUAAAUAAAUUUAGCGUUUAGUGUAUAAAUGCGUUACAUAUAAAGAAG